UCAAAGCCCAAACCGCAGUUGGCGCAAAGUCCCAAGGCUUUUCCCACGUCCAAAGGGCAAAGGCCAUGUUCCGUCGAUCCUCCCCCUCCCCCUCCUACAGCGACGCUCUCAUGCACAACCACGCCGCGAGCUUCUCCGCGCCGCUGCCCGUCACCGUCCCGCCCCCUCGCGGCGCCGCGGCCGGCGGGUACCUCGACGGUAAUGUCGGCGCCUUCUCGUCGCCUCCGUCGUCGUACUACAACUACAACAACAUCCAGAGGAGCGUCAGCUCGCACUCGCUCCCGAUGCGCCUUCAGCCGGGCGACGUGUCCCUCGGCGGCCGUGGCUUGUACUCGCCGUCUUCGCCGUCCGCGCACCAGCUGACGCCGACGCUGCCGCCGCUCUCGUCUUCCCCGUCCUCCUCCUCCGGCGAACUCUUCGAGUUCACCUCGCCGUGCCCCGUCCGCCGCGUAUUCAGCACCGGCGAUCUCCAGGGGAUGAACGGGUCGUCGCCGCCGCGCCCGGUGCUGUCGGCCGACGCCUGCGGCCACGAGGGUGGCGGGACGUUCUCUCAGAAGGUCGUCCGGUACAGCGCCGUGGAGAGGAAAGAGCGGAUCGAGCGCUACCGUGUGAAACGGCACCAGAGAAACUUCAACAAGAAGAUCACUGUAAUAAGCCAUCGCAGCAUCUCCCUCCCUUCCCCUGCGAAUGACCGAUUUGCUCUGUCGCGCUCUGCUCUGCUCUCUCUCUCUCUCUCUCUCUCUCUCUCUCUCUCUCUGUGCGUGCGUGUGUGUGUGUGUGUCUCCAAGCAUCCAUUCGUGCCAGCUAACGUUCGACCACAACGCGCUGGUCCUCGCAUGCAGUACGCCUGCAGAAAGACGCUGGCGGACAGCCGCCCGCGGGUGAAGGGCCGCUUCGCGAGGAACGGCGAGGCCGAAGCCGAUGCCGACGACCGCGAGACGUCCGAUAACAGCUACGAGUACGGCCGCAGCCACAACGAGCUCGGCAACGGCAGCGCCUACAGCACCACGGGGAGCUGCUACGAUGGCGACAACGGCGAGUGGUGGUGGCGGGCGCCCGGUGCCUCCGCCGCGGGGGACGACGAUGCUCAGCGGCAGGUCCGCUUCGACGACGACGACGACGAGCUCUGGGCGACCCUCGGCGACAUGAUGUCGAUGCACCUGGUCUCGUAGUAGGCUGCGAUCGCCUGCACGCUUUAGGCUACAGGCCAGUCACCGGUCACCAGCCGAGUAGCGCGGCAGGGCCCAGGGGCGAUGGGACGAACGCGACGCGACGUGGCGUUGGUGUCCGGUGCACGCGCGAGCACUCCACUCGAUCGGCGGGGGAUGUUUUGCGCCCUAGCUCUACAAGUCGUCGUAGUUUCCGUCGUUGUGCGUGUCUGCUGGCGCUGCACUUAUUUUUAAGACUUGGAAAAUGGCGCGUAUCACAUGAUCCGUCAGUGACAGGACAUGACAUGUCAUGUCACGGCAGUUUGCUCA